AUGUCUAAAGCUAAAAAGGUAAUUGAAGAAGCGAAAGAAAUAAAUAACCCUGAGAUUGACUUGGUGGAUAAAGGAAUUUCUAGUCUCGAUGAAGUACCAGGAUUGUUCAGCUUAGUGAACAUCACUAGGCUGUCAUUAAGCCACAACAAGAUUCAAGUGGUUCCAGCUGCACUUGCCAAUCUUACGAACUUGGAGAUCUUGAAUUUUGCAAACAAUCAUAUAGAAGAAUUGCCAGUCAGUUUAUCCUCUCUGCCGAAGCUGCGUAUUCUGAAUGUCUCUCUUAACCGGUUGUAUGGGCUGCCACGAGGUUUUGGUGCCUUUCCAGUGCUUGAAAUCCUGGACUUGACAUACAAUAAUUUGAAUGAGAAGACACUACCUGGAAAUUUCUUUAUGAUGGAGAGCUUGAGAGCGCUUUAUUUGGGUGACAAUGAUUUUGAAUAUUUACCAUCAGAAAUAGGCAAUUUGAAAAAUUUGCAAAUUCUUUCAAUGCGAGAGAACGAUCUUAUAGAAGUGCCACGUGAACUGGGUCAGCUGUCACGUCUUAGAGAACUGCAUUUACAAGGCAACCGCCUUGUUGUUUUGCCUCCUGAAAUUGGUACUCUCGACUUAGCAAGCAACAAAUCUGUACUGAGACUGGAAGGUAACUUCUGGGUACCUCCGAUAGAAGAUCAACUGAAGUUGGGCCCAUCGCACGUGUUGGACUAUUUGCGUUCAGAAACCUAUAGAGUACUGUACAGCCGGCACAUGUCAGCUAAACCGCCGCCUCCACCCCAAACCCUCGACAAAAGCAAGAAGGCAAGCCGAGCAAGAUCUUAA